AUGAUAUUGGCGAAUUACGUUUUGCUUUCAUAUAUUCAAAAUAAUUAAUAAGUGGAACUAUGGGAAAAAUAUCCCAAUAUAAUAAUUAUUUAUUUAUUUAAAAAGAAAAAUGCAGAUGAGAUGUAAUUAAGUUUUCAUUCUAUAAUAGGAAUUUGCAUAAAUAUUACAAGCCCAAAUUUAAGACCCUAUUGUAAUUUUUGCUUGCCUCUCCAUGACAAAUAACUUAAUAGGCUAACUCCUUUGGAUCUUAUAAUGAAUGUAUUUAGGAAAGAAUCCUUUAGGUUCGUAAUGUUUAAAACAAUGUUGGUUUCCUUUAAAAAUCUUCAGAAUUAGUUCUCUCCUUAUUAUAACUUUAAUAAUGAUUAAAACCUAAUUAGAUAAUCAUAGAUUGAAAUAUUCAUAAAAGGUUUAGGAUCAAUAGAAGAAUGCGAAAAAUGCUAUUGA